UUGUGUGUGUUCAUGCAGGCCGAUCCUCAAGAGCUAAAAGACAAAACAGAUCGAUCAAGAGAGAGAGAGGCUUUGAAGCUAAGCUUCUCAGCUUUAAUGGAGAAAAGCAAGUCGGUUCCUGAGUCAUCAUGCUCUUACGCAGAGUUCAAUGGGUUCGGAGAGAGAUCCAACUCUUACAGCUUCAAUGGACCGAGCCACAAAGGAAAUGGCUUUUACACUUCCAAUGAUGCAGAGUUCAAGAGGAAGAAGAGGAUCAAAGCUUAUAAUGGUUUCACUGUGGAGGGCAAGCUUAAAUCCAGCGUCAGAAACAGCUUCAAGUGGAUCAAGAACAAGUUCACCGAUACGGCUACUAAUUAUUAGCUUCACAUCCUUAUUUAAUACCUGAUUAGGUAAAGUUUGUCUUAGCUGCUAAACAUAAUUAGCUGUCAGAGUUUUCAAUAAAAAUCUUGCGAGGUAAUCUUGAAACUGUAAAAAAAGAAAAGAAAAGAAAAUUGCUUUUCAUGGAUUUAUUCAAGAAUCUGAUGGCAAAAAAAUACGUACAAGAACUAGACUUGAUUAUAUAAGUUUCACCGAGUUUGUGAAGAUCUUUCAUAUGUCUCAUCUUUGAAGGUCACAUUAAGGAAGGAAAGGAAAAAGGGAAAGCUAAGCUUUGUUUUAACCAAACGGAAACAAGCUUAGUUAUUUCUCUUUGUAAAACUUGUUUGCUUUGCAAAUAUUAUGUCAGCUGUUGGAGAUUUUAUGUGUAUGAGUGUUGGAGGUGCUGAUGGAGGAGUUUGGCAGUGAAAAUUAGACAUGGGAGAGAUUAAUUAAGGGUUUAACUGUGGGGUGCUUUUGUAACAGGAGAGGAAAUAUCAAACAAGAAAUUAAAGGGAAGUACGUAGUGUGUUUGUGAGGUAAGAGCUGAGAUUAUGAUUCUGAAAUAGAUUUUCUUUAGAAUCAUAAAGGUUCUGAUUCACGCGAUUAUCCCAGAAAAUGCUUCUGAGAUUAUAUCAAGUAGAACUGUAUGUGCUUAAUUAUGAUCAACAUCCAUGGUUAUUAA